UGGAGACCAAGCCUCAAUCAUCCCGGAUUGUCUCUACCGACGUACUUAGCCGUUAACCUCCCGACGAAAAGCCCCCAAACCCAAUUUGAAUUUCAGAUCCUGACAUUGCCCACGCGGCGGCGCCGCCACAACCCCAGCCAUUGUCCACUCGACGGGCCAGGAUUCCAAGUGCUCACUCGCGUCGAAACCCCAAGCCUAAGCCCCAAUCCGGCAAUUCCCCCUCCACCUCAAAGAUCUCCCCUUACCUCACCCUAAAUCCUGGCAGAUGGCUCCGGCGAUGCCGAAGCAGCGCGCGGUGCAUCUCCCCGACAACGAGGAGGUUGCGCGCCUCCUCCUGGAGAAGCACCGGUCGAUGCUGGAAAAAGACAUCCCAGACAACCUGAGUCUCACGCUCUCCAACGCCUACCGCAACGUCUGCGCCGCCAAGGAGCCCAUCCGGACCCUCAAGGACCUGCUCAAGAUCAAGGGUGUUGGACCAUGGGUCAUCCGUCUCAUAAAAGAGUCCUUUCCAGCGUCCAGCCCGGAUUUAUCUCCUCCAAAAUGUAAAGAGAAAGGGAAAAAGGGGAAGAAAAUAAAAAGACCAGAGCAUAGUCCUGAACUUGUUUGCAGCAAUUCUGCUUCUAUGGCAUCCCAAGAACUGAUACAGUUGACCAGUCAAGAGCAGCUCAGUUACAGUUCUGAAGUUCAAACUACCGGUUCUGCUGAAUUCACUAUGCUAGACAAGGACACUGGUGGUAUGGGCAAUUCUAUACUAGCUAUGCCACCUCGUCUAUCCAAUGAAAAGUUUCUUGAAGCUUAUGAAGUGGUGUUGAUAUUGGAUGAUCGUGAAAUUUUUGGAUCCCGUGGCAAAAGAGUUGUUGGUAACAUACAUUCGAAGUUUCAUGUACCUGUAGAGAUAAAACGCCUGCCUGUUGGAGAUGGUAUUUGGAUUGCUCGUCAUAGAAGAUCUCAUACGGAGUAUGUUCUUGAUUUCAUUGUUGAAAGGAAAAGUGUAACAGAUUUGGUUAGCUCAAUUAGAGACAGCAGGUACAAAGAUCAGAAAUUAAGGCUAAAGAAAUGUGGACUAAGGAAGCUGAUAUAUCUGGUUGAAGGUGAUCCAAACCCUUUAGGCGCAUCAGAGAGCAUCAAAACAGCCUGCUUCACCACUGAGAUUCUUGAAGGAUUUGAUGUUCAGAGAACCACUGGAUAUUCUGAUACUGAAAACACAUACGGCCACCUGACACUCUCGAUAAUUGAUUACUACAGCACAAAUUUCUCAAUCGGUGCUAACACUUGUCGAGUUUGCUUAACUUAUGACGAGUUUGUGAAGAAGUGUUGUGACCCCAAGAAGUUAACUGUGAGCGACAUAUUCGCUCUACAACUUAUGCAGGUACCACAGGUGACAGAAGAAACUGCAGUUGCAGUUAUAGAGCUCUACCCUACUCUUGUCUCACUUGCUCGGGCGUACUCCAUGCUUGAUGGUGAUACCCCUGCCCAAGAGAAGAUGCUGAACAUGAAGAGCAAGAUGGUAAACGCGGGGGCUAGCAGAAAUAUCUUCAAGCUUGUCUGGGGUGAAGGGUGAAAUAUUAUUCCUUACCUAGUUACCUAUAUGGGCUCCUUCCUGACUUGACUUGGUUCAACCGGCCUUUUGUCACCAUCUCGAUGAUUUUGGCGCCAGCUCUUGUGAUGAAGCUCCAUUGUUCCUGGAGCUGUCGUCGCAUAAUAACUUGCAUGUUCCGAAGGUAAAUUAAGACGGUUAUUUCUGUGCCGUGGUGCCUUGGGGCGCUGGAAGUUUCAUCACCUAAAAACCUCCUGAUCCGGUGGUUACCUCCCUGUUGUAGUAGACCUGCAUGCCGUGCAAUGAGCUGGCUAUGUUAGCUUGCAAAAAUGUCUUAUAUUGUGUGGCGGAGGGAGUAUUAUUAAGUGUCGAAACAAAAUGUAUUAAGUGUCUUGUACUAUGCAUUGUUUUGUGUUAUUUGAAACAAGUUUGAAUGGAAGCCUCCGAGAUGAUAAGAGAAUUUGAAUC